UUCACUCUUUUCUUCCUUCUCUUUCUUCUACGGUCUCUACCAAGGCUGGCCCACAAAAAAUUAGUUGAAUCACCCACUAAAUGCAGCCAUACUUAAUUCCAGAUGGGAAGAUUUAGAUAGUCACUGUGUUCGUGUUUAUGAGAAAGUAGUUGGAAGAGAAGGAUACUCGCCCACUGUACCUGUACUGCUCUUGAGAGAAGCUCAGAACUCAGGCGGUUCUCUCUUGUCUCUUUGUCUGCGCUUCUUCUCAACUCUCUGUUUUCCUUUCUGAAUUUGAGGGUUCCUUGCAUUGGGCAUCUGGGAAUCGAGACCUCCACAUCCACUGCCUGAUUCCUCCGUUUGUUUCCCGUGAAAACCUUUUCAGGUAAAAAAAGAGGAAAAUAUCAAAUAUAGUGAGUGUUUGUGGCUGGGGGCUAGAAUGAGUUCCGAUGAUGAGUGCAAGUCGAGGUUGGAAAGACGGUUGAAGAGAAGGUCCAUUGCCAAUUAUAAUUUUACGAAGAAAAGUACAAAAAAUAGUUUUAAAGUGGAAGAUGUAUCUGUAGACUUGGAUGACCAUGAUGAUGAUGAUGAAGAUGUGCAUAUAGACUUGGAUGAGCACGAUGAUGAUGCAUAUGAUAAUGCUACGUGUUCGAAUGAUUGUCAUGAUGAUGGCAAAACCAAGAAAAACAAUGAACAAGUUGGAGAUCCGCAGCCUAACAUGUGCUUGGAUGAUGAUGUUGUGGAUCCUGAUUAUAAGAUCUUCUUGGAAAAUUUGAGGGAAGAUAAUCAAUCGUAUGUAGUAGAAUUUGUUAUAAGCGAUGGAAUGUCGGUUCUUAUAAAAUAUGAAAGAAAAGAGGGGUUGUCUGAUGGGCUCAAGUUAGACAGUUGGGCAACUUUGAAGAGUUGUCCAAGGAGAGAGAGCACUGAAACUGCAAGAACUCCGAGGACUGAUUCAAAGAGGAAAAUCCAAAGCCCGAAUGACUUGGGUAAUGUUUCUGGCAUUGAAAGGACUGGAAAAACUGAAGCGAGAAUAACUUUGAGAAAUGCUUCAAAGAGGGGGAAGACGGAGAGCCCACAUAUUUUGAGUGGUUCAAGCUUUAAAAAGUCUAAGAUAAAUGAAACUACAAAAAAUCUGAGUGCUUUAAAGAUAGAAAAGACUGUGACCCCAAAUGAAACUACAAAAAAUCUGAGUGCUUUAAAGAUAGAAAAGACUGUGACCCCAAAUGUUUUGAGUAGUAAGACUAGAACUUCAAGAAUCUGGAGGAUUAAUUCACAGAGAGAGAAGGCUGAGAACCUGAACAUUUUGAGUAAUAUUUCUAGCACGAAAAAGAGGAAGCAAAGAAGAUUGACAAAUCUUUCAAGGAAGGAAAGCACUGAAGCUCCUGAAACAUUAAGGGAUGUCAGGGGGAAAGAAAAUAAGAAUUCGAUGAGGGACGUAAAAGAGGAAAACGAAUAUCCCUUUUCUGGUGGGACAAAUGGAUGUUCGUAUAAACGAUAUGGUACUACCAAUUGCAACAGUGAAGUGGAAUCUGAUACGAUAGAUGAAAACUACCAAGAAUUUCUGAAUUGUCUUGGGGCUGAUGGUGAAAAUUUUGUAUUUACACCUGCAAGUGGUAUACCGGUGAUAUAUGAGGCGGAUGCAGAGAGUUCAGGUGAUCCAGAAAUAAUUGCAGCGGGCAAAAAUCCAUUUUGUGGUGGAGAUUGCAGCCCAUUCAUAUCUUCCAAACGUAAUCCAAUUGUAUGUGUUUCAACACCUGACAGUGGUAUACCAUUGAAAUAUGAGGCGGAUGUAGAGAGUUCAGAUGAUCCAGAAAUAAUUGCAAUGGACAAAAAUCCACUUUGUGAUGGAUAUCGCACCCCAUUCAUAUCUUCAAAAUGUGAUUCAAUUAUCGAUCUAGACAGCAAAAGAUCCAUUGGAAGUCCCGGCAGUAGCAGUCACUCUCAGUUUAGGAUGAGGCUUAUGGAAAUUCUUGGUAAACCCUACACCAAAGAGGAGUAUGAUGACCUCCUGCAUGAAGUAUCUUACAAAAAGCCAUUGGAACACCAACGAAUAUUGCGUGGUAGGACAAUAUCAUAUGCACUGGACUCUUUUGCCAAAUCAUAUCUUGAUGAGUACCCGGGUUCUAGACCUUCUCUAUUUAAGGACCUUGCCUUUGGAGACUUUAGAAGAAAGAUUGCUUCAGUCCAACAUGAUCGCUAUAAAGUUUUGAAUCUCUUACGUGGAUUUUGCUUUUGGUUGAAGAAUUUGGCCCAUGAAGGAUCAUUCAAGCCUUGGAAGGACUCGUCGUGCUUGCGAAUUUUGCCACGAUGUAAGUAAGAAUUUCUUCUCUGAUUCUGAUGGCAGUAUCUCAAGAUUGCAUCCAGAGAAUGCAAUUGUAGUAAUCAAGGCUAUAUGUAUUCCUUUGGCUUAAUGUUAUGGUAUAAGCCCUCAAGUGAAAAAGAUUGUUUAUUUCAUAUUCGAAUAUCGAUUUCCAUUCUAUGGCAUGUAUAUGGUUUAGUCUCUUCA